CCAUAAAUACAGUAUUUGUAAUACAUAACUUGAAGUACAGUAUUUAUAUUGAAUGGCUUCUGUUUUCAGCUUAUUUUUAUUUUUGAAUGACUUUGCACCGUUUGUUUUAGAUACAAUUAUGAUCAGAUGUAAUAAAACUUAACAUUUUUUUACUAAAGAGUUUAACAGGGUGAUACAACACUUUAUUAUUCACAAAACAAGUUAGAAAAAACUAACAUGGCCUACCUUAAAUGCAUAAUUUUAGAGACAUGCUAACAUAUUUUAAAAAAUGUUUUUGAAAAAGAAAAAGUGACGGGGCAGACUAGCUCAAACACAAAAACAUCUUUAAAAAAAAAACACGCAAAAAAAUUGAGCUAUUUAAGAAUAAAUUAUUAAAACAAUUAGUAUGAACUCAUUAUCGCAAUAGUAACCGCAUUUUCAUUGAGACGUAAUUAUUAGAUCGCGUUGGCUUUUUUCACUGAUCAUUACUACGCAUUACAGACCAAUUAGAAUGGUUUUAACAAUUAGUGUAGUAUUUAUAAAUGUUGAAUUCAUCAGUGAUUUAUUUUAAAUUGAUCAGUGAUUCAUUUUGUUUUGUUACUACUUUAGUGCAAAAUAUAUUUUCACAGACUUUUUUUUAAGAAUGAGUAUUUUUAAACAUAAAUUGAAGAUAUUGUUGAUUGUUACAACGCUGCAGUUAUUCGUUGUGUACGAAGAUUGCUUACCUUUAAGUAAUGUUCCCUGCAAUUAUAUGUGUGGUUAUUCUGUAUAUCAUGAUGCUGGAAAGUGUCAACAGGACGGAAGAUGCUAUUGCUGGUGGGGCUGGACUGGUCCUAACGCUGAAUAUGAAAGUGAAACCUCAAACAGAAUAUUUGCUGACUUUUGCGUUACACCGUGUCAUUAUACUCAAGACUAUAGAAAUAAAGAAUGUGCUAGUGACUAUGUAGAUAGAGUAAUUAACCAAUCAUCAUUUCCAGACACUACUAAUCCACCGUUGAUUAUUACAACAAUACCUACGGAAUCACCUUCCGCUUCAGCAACCAUUCUCGAAGAAACUUCAGAGGUACCGACGACAAUUAUUACAAAAACCACCACAAAAAUUUCUACAACCACAGAAGCAAUAAGAAUUCCAAAAACGUCAACAACAAAGUCAACUAUAACUACAUCACUUCCACCGAUCACAACCACCACAUCACUUUCGGUUAAAAUGACAGAUGUUACCGAAAAUACUGUGGAAGCAUUAACUUUUACUACAACAUUACUUCCUACAACAACAACUUCUACAACAUUACCUCCUACAACAUUACCUCCUACAACAUUACCUCCUACAACAUUACCUCCUACAACAACGUUUUCUACAACUACAACAAGAACAUCGAGUUUUUCAACAGCAUCGCUUUUUACCUCAACAGAACCUAACACAACAAAAGCAAAAACAACAAGAGCAGUUGAAACAAUGGCAAGCCCGUUAACGACUUCUACAAUUUCAGCUGAUAAAUUUUUAACUGCUUUAAAUAUAAAUACAGUUACAACGCCUGCAGCUACAACCACCACAAAAUUGCCGAAAAUUACUAUAACAAUUUCUGAAGCGGCGACGCUAUCAACCGCUAAAACAUCAGUGAAGAUAGAAUCUACGACCGAGUUUGAACCUCCAAUAGAAAUUCAUUAAAAACUCUACGUGAAUAUUUUUUUUACUUUUCUGUUAUUUAAAAAAAUUUAUUUAAAAUUGAUUUUUAUAAAUUUGCGUAUAAUUUAUUUUUCAGA